GAAAAGUCUACAAAUGUUUUUCAAAUGUUGUUCAUCGACUAAAUGUAUUGUACCCUAAUGGAGUUUGUUCAUAUUUCAAGUGUAUCAUUUUUUGUGGUUUUAUUAUCUAUAUCUACUGCCACCAUAGUGAUUGGAAGUAGUAGCAACAGUGAGUGCAAUUUCCCUGCAAUCUUUAACUUUGGUGACUCAAACUCAGACACUGGUGGCUUGGCUGCUUCACUUCUACCACCAACACCACCAUAUGGAGACACUUAUUUCCACAGACCUGAAGGGAGGUUCUCUAAUGGCCGUCUAGUCAUUGAUUUCAUUGCUCGGAGUUUUGGACUACCAUAUCUAAACGCAUAUCUUGAUUCUUUGGGAACCAAUUUUUCACAUGGUGCAAACUUUGCAACAUCAGCAUCAACAAUUAGGCCUCCACCUAGUAUUAUACCUCAAGGUGGAUUUAGUCCUUUCUACCUUGAUGUUCAAUACACUCAAUUCAAAAAUUUCAAACCAAGAACACAAUUCAUCAUACAACAAGGAGGUAUAUUUGCAAGCUUGAUGCCCAAAGAAGAGUAUUUUUCUAAGGCUUUGUACACAUUUGAUAUUGGUCAAAAUGAUCUUGGUGCUGGCUUUUUUGGAAACAAGACUAUACAACAAGUAAAUACUUCUGUGCCAGAGAUAAUCAAUAGUUUCUCCAAAAAUGUUAAGGACAUAUACAAUUUGGGAGCUAGAUCAUUUUGGAUACACAACACUGGACCCAUUGGCUGCCUCCCAUAUAUUUUGAUGGGUUUUCCUUUAGCUGAAAAAGAUGAAAAUGGUUGUGCAAAACAAUAUAAUGAAGUAGCUCAAUAUUUUAACCAAAAGUUGAAGGAAGAAGUGGUUCAACUUCUUGAUGAUCUUCCUCUAGCUGCAAUUACAUAUGUAGAUAUAUACUCCGUUAAAUACUCUCUUUUCAGCAAUCCAGAGAAAUAUGGAUUUGAGCAUCCACUAGUUGCUUGUUGUGGCUAUGGAGGACAAUAUAAUUAUAGCAAUAAUGCUGGAUGUGGAGGAACCAUAGAGGUCAAUGGUACUCACAUUUUUGUAGGUUCAUGUGAAAGAGCAUCUACAAGAGUGAAUUGGGAUGGUGUUCACUAUACAGAAGCAGCUAAUAAGUUCAUUUUUCAUCAAAUUUCUAAUGGAGCUUUCUCUGAUCCACACAUUCCCUUGAAUAUGGCAUGCCACAGAAAUUCCAUAAAAAUUACUGCCCGAAUAUUUACCACAAAGAAUUGUGAUUUUCCUGCCAUAUUUAACUUUGGUGCUUCAAAUGCUGAUACUGGUGGUUUGGCUGCUGCCUUUAGAGCACCACCAUGGCCUUAUGGACAGACUUAUUUUCAUAGAUCAACUGGAAGAUACUCUGAUGGUAGAAUUAUUCUUGAUUUCAUAGCACAAAACUUUGGACUUCCCUAUCUAAGUCCAUAUCUUAAUUCUCUGGGAUCCAACUUCACACAUGGUGCGAGCUUUGCAACAUUUGGGUCAACUAUCAGAAUCCCUAAUAGUGUUAUGCCUUACGGUAGAUUCAGUCCAUUUUCUCUUUCAAUUCAGUUCAUUCAAUUCAGAGAUUUCAUAUUGAAAACAAAAAUUAUUAGGGAUCAAGGAGGUGUAUUGGCGACGUUGAUCCCCAAAGAAGAUUAUUUUUCCAAAGCUUUAUACACAUUUGAUAUUGGUCAAAAUGAUCUUACUUCUGGUUUUUUUGGUAAUGCGACUAUACAAGAAGUCAUUGUUACAAUACCCGAUAUAGUAAACAAAUUCAUAGGGAUUAUCAAGGAUAGUUAUGGAUGUGCAAAAGAAUACAAUGAAGUAUCUCAGUAUUUUAAUUCAAAAUUGAAGGAAGCUUUAAAUCAACUACGCAAGGAUCUCCCUCUUGCUACAAUCAUAUAUGUAGAUAUUUACUCUGCUAAAUACUCACUUUUUCAAAAUCCAAAAAAAUACGGAUUUGAGUUUCCACAUGUGACAUGUUGUGGCUAUGGAGGAAAGUACAACUAUGAUGAUCAUGCUCUAUGUGGACAAACCAUUAACAUAAAUGGAACAAAAAAAGUUGUGGGUUCAUGUAAAAAUCCUUCUACUAGAGUGAUUUGGGAUGGAACGCAUUACACCGAGGCAGCUAACAAAAUCAUCUUUGAUCAAAUUUCUAGUGGUGUUCUCACAGAUCCUCCCAUUUCUCUAAAUCUAUGCUUCAUCAUGAAAUUCAUGGCACUAAUUGAAUUUUUUAUUGCUCUUAUUUUAUGUACUACUUCCACAAUAUUUGCCACGGAGGAUUGCGAUUUUCCUGCCAUUUUCAGCUUUGGUGCUUCCAACGCUGAUACCGGUGGGUUGGCUGCUGCCUUUCAAGCACCGCCGUUGCCAUAUGGAGAAACUUUUUUCAAUAGAUCAACCGGAAGAUACUCUGAUGGCAGAAUCAUUCUUGAUUUCAUAGCACAAAACUUUGGACUUCCCUAUCUCAGUGCAUAUCUUAAUUCCCUCGGGUCCAACUUCACAAAUGGUGCAAACUUUGCAACAUUUGGGUCAACAAUUAGAAUCCCUACUAGUAUUAUACCUCAAGGUAGACUCAGUCCAUUUUCCUUUCGAAUUCAAUAUAUUCAAUUCAGAGAUUUCAUACCCAAAACAAAAUUCAUCAGGGAUCAAGGAGGUAUAUUUGCAACAUUGGUUCCUAAAGAAGAUUAUUUUUCUAAAGCCUUAUACACAUUUGAUAUUGGUCAAAACGAUCUUACGGCUGGCUUCUUUAGUAAUGCGACUAUACAACAAGUCAAUUCUACUAUACCCGAUAUAAUAAACAGUUUCAUAGAUAAUAUCAAGAACAUAUACAAUUUAGGGGCUGUAUCGUUUUGGAUACAUAAUACAGGACCAAUUGGAUGUCUUCCAUUAAUUUUGGCUAAUUUUCCAUCCUCCAUAAAGGAUAGUUAUGGUUGCGCAACACAAUAUAAUGAAGUAUCUCAAUAUUUUAAUUUAAAGUUGAAGGAAGCUUUAACUCAACUUCGUAAUGACCUUCCUCUUGCUGCAAUCACAUAUGUAGAUAUUUACUCUCCUAAAUACUCUCUUUUUCAAAAUCCAGAAAAAUACGGGUUUGAGCUUCCACUUGUGGCAUGUUGUGGCUAUGGAGGAGAGUACAAUUAUAACAUUCGUGUUGGAUGUGGAGAAACCAUAAAUAUAAAUGGCACACAAAGUGUUGUGAGUUCGUGUAAAAAUCCAUCUACGAGAGUGAUAUGGGAUGGGAUUCAUUAUACUGAGGCAGCUAACAAGUUUGUCUUUGAUCAAAUCUCUACUGGAUGUUUUACGGAUCCUCCCAUUUCCUUAAAUAUGGCAUGUAAAAGAAAGUUCACUUGAAGUUAAUGAGCUUUGUAUUUCAAGAA